CAAUAUUUUCCUUCCCGCCCCCACAAAAAUUUGAACAUCAAUCUCCGGUUUUACUCGCCAAAAUUGCAGACCUCGGCAGCAAAAAUCAAGCUGGUACUGAUACUUCCGAACGCCAUCUCCAUCCAUCCGCAAAGGAUAAACAGAGCGCCAGUUGAUCCGCUUCCCUCCUCGGCCUUCCUUUUGCUCUUAUACAGCCGUCUCCCAGAUCUGAACUUAGGAUUAACGAUGGCGGGGGAAAAUAUCACCGGUGGGGUUUCUAAGCCGCGCCAAGCCCUAGGGGAUGUGACGAAUCAGCCACUGAAGAGAGGGUUUUCGUCGAUCUAUGGCGAUUCAGGGUUGAAAGGUGUCGAAAGUUUAGAGAUUUCUGGUUUUGCGAAGCAGGUGUGUCUAGGAGUGGAGAAUUUGGUCAGGGAGAAGUGCGAAUCUGGGUUUAAGACUACAGCUGACAGUAGGGGGAAGGGUAUUCUGCAUCUCCAGAAAGACGGGCAGGGUCACGAUUCGAACCCUAUUGCUAGUGAUAUCGGAAGUGGCGAUGGAGUUGAGAAAGUAGUUUCCUUGAUCUCAGAUGGACACCCAAGUGAAACCAAAGAAGAAUCUAACCUCUUAGAUGGUAAUGUUGAUGUGGUUGAGAAAGGUGUGGGAGAAAUUGGAGAUGGGUCAAGAGAUAGCUGUGGAUCUAGCAGGACUGAUAGUGAUGAUGAUGUAAGGGUCUCUUACAAUGUGUCACUGAGCCAAUCAGUUGCUGAGGAGCUUGGCGGCAGUCAAGGUUUGACUAGUGAGAGCAGAGAUCCUAGUGUUGAUGGUUUGGAAGGUGAGAAAACUGAGCUUCCUGAGAGCUCAAUGUUGCACAGUUCCCAGAAUUCGAAAUCCUUUCAGUUGGAUAGAUGCACAAGGUUUGAAGAAAGCAGUGGAGGUGCCUGUGCUAAUGCAGACUUGGGUGCUGACUUCAUGAAAACCUGUUCUUGUUCAUUUUGUUUGACAGCUGCUUUUAUGUGGUCUGACCUCCACUACCAAGACAUCAAGGGUCGAUUAUCUUCAUUGAAGAAGAGUCAGAAAGAAGCUAGCAUCUUGGUGAACAAAUUUUCCAGGGGAAGGCAGGCUGAAAUUCCCAAUCAAGGAAACGCUAGCAACUCACUUCAGUUCGAGACUGACUUGACUUCGCAAUGGAGAUCACUCUUUCAGCACAUGGAGGAUAUAUUUGCUCAUGAAAGCUGCCAGAUUGAAAAGAACUUCCUUGCGCUGAAAGAUUUGCGAGAGAGUUGCAAGAUGGACCUGGCGAAGACUAACGGUGUGCCUCCAGAACACCGUUAGCUGCUUACUCUACUGUAACUUUGGCGAAUGUAAGAAAAGCGUUUUACUUGAAAUCCUUUGUAGUUUCUGUUGUUUGUAUUUGCUUAUCCCGUGUGGUAUCACAAACUCAUUUGAGGCGUGCCUCUUAGACCACUAGUGGCUGUACUCUGUACACACAGAAAUUGUCCCAUUUCGUUUCAUGGUUACGAUCAUAAUGAGUGAGAUAUUGAAAUGCAGGUUCUGGAAUUAAAAUCUCUGCCCU